GAAUAUAGAACGGAAGUUACAUUCUCGUAUGGUGCAGUAGAGCUUGCUACAGAUGCACAUUAAGAAGCUCAGAACAGACUGGCUGAAGACGUAAAAUCUGGCGCUGGCUCCAGGUCUUGAUCAGUCUGGGCUUUGUUUUCAAGGCUCAACAUGGCUCCAUCGAAUUCCUACCACGAGGCGAACAUAUACAUGAAUGAAUUUGCCGGGGACAGAACGUAUCGUCACAGCCCAUGGACGUCGAAUCCGAUACUGAGCGCUCUGGUUUUCAUUGCUAUCGGCACCACCCUCGUGUUUUACAUACAGGCGAGGUCUCUGACUCGGAAGAUGAGACCCUCCGUGGCUGGAGUUCCUGUUCGCUUGCCUGCAACCAUUGUUUGGGGGCUGUUUUCACUUCAGCAUUCUCAAAUUUCUCACGUGCACGCGGGGACUGUUCAGAGCGACGGUGGAGUCGUCCAUUUCAGCUUAGGCUGCAGUCCAGGAGUGCAAUAUGAUGUUCAAAGCUUCCAGUCGUUGAGAGAUGCAGAUUCAAGUGCUUUGAAAUAUCAACAUGCUAAUGCUUCACUGGUUCUCUCCGAAGUUGAGAACCUCGGAAGCUUGCAGCAGAUGGAAGAUUUGAAUGAUGGAAUGAGAGCAAACUGCGAUCAACGAGCAGUUGAUUUGAAAUACGAGAAUAGGACCUGUUUAGACUGUCAGACUUUUCACAUCCAAGGUGACCAAGAUACUAACAAACGCAACGAGAUACAUGAAGCUCUAGCGAGGGCUCAGCUGGAGGAGCAGAUUAUAUCAGAAAGAAUCGUGUUCGAGAGCUUAAGAGUUACGCGAUGAACAACCACAGAGAGUUCCAGUAAUCUAUUUAGGCAGAUGCUUCAAAAGCUGGUUAUCCAGUCUACACACCAAAGAUCACAAAAAGGUUAUCGGUGAUCUUUGAUGUACAAGCGCACACAACACACACGAACAAGAACGAAGGUUCAGUCGUCUCUACUAACUUCUGAUCUAUCAAAGGCAGAAGCACAAGCAUACGAGCUUCGACUUCUGCACCUUGCUCGAAGAACUUGUCAAAACUCGGGACCUACUAUAGAGUCCACAAGAUCCGCCUGCAGCUUAAUAUUUAUAAAUAUAUUCGUAGAAGAAUGCACGAGGGUACGUCCGUCCGUGGACAGUGGUAAUAUCAUUUGUGAUCUACGGACAAAAUAUUAAAUUAAAGGUGCACGGGUUCUAGAAUCUAGUAGUGGAUAAGAUUGUAGCUCAAGUACCUUCAGGCAGAAACUCUAGGACGUCGCUUGUAUAACCCACUGCAAAGUAACAGAGGCCGGCUGGGAGGCGUAUCGUUUCUUAGUCUGCGCUUAUCGAGGAUCCGAUACCUUACUGGCAGUUUAGGCAAGAAUACAGUGAAGUAUUAAUGGUCACUCUGUAAAUCGAUUGACCAUGUACACUAUUUUUGUUCUCGGGAAUUUCAUUUAUACAGACUGAUCGUGACACGUGUAGAUGAAGAAAUUUACACGAUGUCAAUGAUUCGAGAUGUGCUGAUCACAUCGAGAACACGAUUUUGAUCUCACAUGCAUCUUCUCGCUUCACUUACAAUCAUAUCAGAUCGUUUACCGAGCUCGUGCGGUAGGAAGGAAUGCCAAGUAUCCAUAGGCUUUGGGAGGCAUGGUGUAACUGAUAUUGCCACUAUCAUCUCCCGAUCACAGUAGGCUGUAACAUAUCAUUCAUAAUUCAUCUCACUGUCACACCCG